UAAACAUAUGCGCAGAAACAUCUUUCCGUUUCUUUCCCCAUCCAGGAUCAGGAUAAGCCCUUCUUUUAUUCUCUCUCUCUCUCUCUCUCUUAUUUAUUUAUUUAUUAUCUCUGUCGAAUUUAUUAAAUUCAGCCGUCUAAUCCAUCCAAUAUACACCAUUGUAUAUAGUAUUACCAGUGGCGUGAACCCAUGUGCCUUUCCUUUGUCUUGGCUAAUACUUAUCAACUCUGCCAUUCUACUUCAUUUGUCUUUAAUCGUUAUGUCGAUUGAUUUUGAGAGGAGUUCAGGGGUUUCAAUCCAGCGUUCUGGGUUUAUUCACCGGAUGUCGCCGUUUGUGGGGAUGUGUAACGGAGAUCGUGGGUUUCCGACGGUGGAGAGAAGAAGGGAGGAGGAUUUGGAAGAUUCUAGUAGCUCUUCUUCGAUCGGGAGGAAUAGUGACGCGUCGAGUGGGGAAGUGACCGGCGAUGAUUGCGAGGAAUCUGAGGUUCAGAGCUCGUUUAAAGGACCAUUAGAUACCAUGGAUGCUUUAGAGGAGGUUUUGCCUGUCAAGAGAGGCAUAUCAAAGUUCUAUAAUGGCAAGUCGAAGUCGUUCACCAGUCUAGCAGAUGCGUCUUCUGCUUCCUCUGUUAAAGAUUUCGCAAAACCAGAAAAUACCUAUAGCAGGAAGCGCAAGAACCUUUUAGCUCGAAAUAACUUUUUGGAUAAGAAAUGCAAUCAAACCACCAAAGAUAAUGCAAGUGGAAAGAAACCAGCAAACUUCAAUCGAAGUACAGCGGCUCUUGGGACCAACUGUUAUAAAAGCAACGAAAAAAGGGGGGAUUCCUAUACAACUUCAUCAUCACCUUCUUCUGGUCUUCCACCUCUGCAUCCGCAUGGAAAAACUUCACUUGGCAAUGGAUCUUGUUUGCCGCCUGCUCAUUGGAACUCUCAUUGGCGAUCUUUCUCCCUUUCCGAUUUACAGUCUGCUGCUGCUGCCAGCAACUUUUGAUAACUGAUUUGACGUAUUCUAAUUGAAGAUAUUGACAACAUACGACAUUGACAUAUAACUUCUACUCGACACUGAAUCGCCAAGGAAACCAUGGUGUUGAAGGCGUAUAGCGGCUGUCUACUCUUUCUAAGAUGAUGAACUGACUGUUUCUCAUUUAUGUACCAUAUAGUCACCUAAAUGUUUGUUCUCUUUGAUCAUAAUUAGGGAAUUUUGUUCUUGCCUUUUGUCUAAAUCAGUUUAUCAUGGGCUGUUUGCAUUUUUCUGCAUGUUUUCCCUGAAUGUAUGUCUCUGUUACUACUCAAGAUGCCUACUUUGAUGAACCUACUCUUC